AUGGGUUUGGGGGAGGUUUGGGGUCGAAGCAGAUCUUUAGAAAACACAAACCUUGAGCUCGGAUCUCAUUUACUGCAGGUAAUAAUCAGCAAGAUGCUCCAGACGUUAGACGGCUUUAUAUUCGUGGUGGCUUGCGAUGGGAAGAUCAUGUACAUCUCAGAGACGGCGUCGGUUCACCUGGGUCUUUCACAGGUAGAGCUGACCGGGAACAGUAUUUAUGAGUACGUCCAUCCGGCGGAUCACGACGAGAUGAGCGCGGUCCUGACGCCGCAGCCCUCGCUCCACACACAGCUCAUCCACGAGCAUGAAGCAGAGCGCUCGUUCUUCUUGAGAAUGAAGUGUGUUUUGGCCAAACGUAACGCCGGGCUGACGAGCGGAGGAUAUAAGGUCAUCCACUGCAGUGGCUAUCUGAAGACGUCUGCGCUGGACUGCUGUCAGAACGUGGGUCUGGUGGCGGUGGGACACACUUUACCUCCCAGCGCCGUCACCGAGAUCAAGCUUCACAGCAACAUGUUCAUGUUCAGAGCCAGUCUAGACAUGAAGCUCAUCUUCCUCGACUCCAGGGUUUCAGAGCUGACAGGAUAUGAGCCACAGGACCUGAUUGAGAAGACCCUGUAUCAUCACGUGCACAGCUGUGACAGCUUUCACCUGCGCUGCUCUCAUCACCUCCUGCUGGUCAAAGGUCAGGUGACCACUAAAUAUUACCGCUUCCUGUCCAAACACGGCGGCUGGGUUUGGGUGCAGAGUUACGCCACCAUCGUUCACAAUAUUCGCUCGUCUCGUCCACACUGCAUCGUCAGCGUCAACUACGUCCUCACGGACACGGAGUACAGAGGCCUGGCGCUGUCUCUGGAGCAGCUCAAGCCCAGCAAACCUGCGUUCCCUUACCCUAACCAGACCCCAGCCAAGAGCCGCGCUUCUCCGUACUCUCAGCAGUUUCUGUUCUUCCAGCCCGAGCGCUCAGAUUCCGAUCGCGACAGCCAAUGGGACGGCAGCCCUCUGACAGACUCCGCCUCCCCGCAGCGACUGGACACGUGUGCUCAAACACACACACACACACACGCCUCACACACACAGAGAGAGGGAUGGUGGGACGCCACUAAAGCAACUCAACACGUCCAUCAAACUCACGCUCACUGGGACGAGGAGCGCGUGGCCGGAUCUCCAGGCUCCUCGGGCGAUUCGAGAGACAGUUCAGGGAUUUCCCAGAGCCGGAUGGGUGCCAGACCGGAGCCGAUUAAAGUGGAGGACGUCUGCAUGAGUGACGUCUUCUCAUCCGUCUGCAGAGGACCGCCCCGUCUCGUCCUGCACCGAGACGACAGAGACGAGAGUCCAGCCUCGCUGUCCGCUCUGAGCAGUCCCGGCUCCGACAGACUGUCCCAUUACGACGUGAACACACACAUGCACUUUCAGACCAGCACCACACACAACGGCACAUCGGUCAUCAUCACCAACGGCAGCUGACCGCAAAACACCUGCUGUUUACCAGCCUGCAGCACUAAACCAGUCAGAAGAGAAGCUGAAUAAAUCAGCUCUCCAGUCAUGUAUGGUUUGGACGAUAUCUGUCUGAGAUGCAACUGUUUGAAAAUCUGGAAUCUGAGGGAGCAAAAAAAUCUAAAUAUUGAGGAAAUCAUCUUUAAAGUUGUACAGAUGAAGUUCUUAGCAAUGCAUAUUACUGAUCAAACAUUAAGUUUUGAUAUAUUUAUGGUAGGACAUUUACUAAAUGAUCUUUACUUAAUAUCCUGUUUAAGAA